UCUAUGCUGCAGUUGUUAUCAUUUUUGUCAGCCAGAAUGCCGAAACAGAGUAUGAGUUGGGAAUGCAUGAAUCACGCUUGUUUACAGCUCUCCCGCUCUUCACAGACUCGAUUGAGGUGAAAAAAGCGGGACGAAUAAGAAGUGCCGCUGGUGUUAUGGUGUAUGGACUGAAGAAGGAGCCAAAGUUGAAGAGAGCAAAGCCAUGGCAUGCAGAUCUGAAAGAUAUUGUUGUUCUCCCAAAUCAGUAUAGGUCUGAUCAACAAGCAAUCUUGGCUGCCAGAAUUGCGGAACUCAUUGAUGAGGGGAAAAGAACCUUGAGCAUGGGACUGUUAGCUUGGGGACAUUAGGUGCUUGGGAGUUGCAUCAGUCAUUCAGAAUUCCUUUGUGGCACGGGCCACACACGGCUAGCGUUUCUUUGAG